AUGGCCUCCACCAUCUCCGUCCCGAACGAGACCAGGAGCUCGUCCGUCCGCACCACAAAGGACGGCCGCAACAUCCGCUACUCGCUGCAGGUCAUCCAGCAGCCUGAGCGUGCCCGCGCCUGCGGCAGCGGUGCCAAGUCGAGCGCCGACCGUCGUCCUGUCGACCCGCCUCCGAUUGUCGAGCUCAAGGUGUUCGAGGGUGAGCAGGACAUCACCUUCGGCUACAAUGCCAACUUCUUCCUCUUUGCGACCCUCGAGAACGCGCGUACCAUUGCACCCGGACGCGCCCCGGCGGCUACGCCAAGCUUCCCCGUCCUCACCGGCACGCCCGUCGCUGGCAUGGCCUACCUGGACCGCCCCAGUCCCGCCGGCUACUUCAUCUUCCCUGAUUUGUCCGUCCGUCACGAGGGAAAGUACCGCUUGAGCUUUGCUCUGUACGAGGAAUUGAAGGACCAGAAGGACAUGGAUCCCGAGGACCGCUCCGUCCAGGCCCACACCCAGGGAGGCCUCGAUGCCCAUGUCUCCCACCGUCUCGAGGUCAAGUCGGCUCCCUUCGUCGUCUUCUCCGCUAAGAAGUUCCCUGGAUUGUCCGAGAGCACUGCUCUGAGCCGCAUGGUCGCCGAGCAGGGAUGCCGCGUUCGUAUCCGACGUGACGUUCGCAUGAGGCGCCGUGAGAACAAGGCCAACAAGGACUGGGACGAGUAUGAAGACGAGAAUGGCUACGAAGGAGCCAGACGCACUUCUUCUACUCCGGACAACUAUGCCCAGCAACAAGGCCUGCCUACGACCAGCCCAGCUAUGGAUUCAGACAACCGCCCACGCUCCGUCUCCAACGCCAGUAACACUUCGUACGCCCCGCCGCGCCGCCAGAGCAUGGAAGAGAUGCAGCCCGCCUAUCAGCCCAACAGCUACCAGCAGAUGCCUCCGCCCCAGAGCGCAUCCUACUCCCAGGUUCCCCAGUACAACGCUCCCCAGCCCGCCUACCAGAAUCAGUAUGCUCCUCCUCAGCCAGCGGCUCCUCUGAUGCAGCCACCGCAGACGUCGUACUCGCAGCAAUCCCAUCAGCCGGCCCACAGCUACCAGAGUCAGUCCAACAUGCACAUGGGUCAAUCGUACGGCUACAUGAACAAUCAGAGCUACCAGCAGCAAUCCCACUAUGAACAGCCAGCUCCUGUGCGUCAAGAGCCUGCCGUGGACUAUGGUCAGCCUGCUCCAGACUACCGCCGUUCCUCUAUCGCACAGCCCACGCAACAGUACCCUGGCCCCAGUCAAAUCAUGCCCUCUUACGGUUCCGGUUCUAUGGAUUAUGGACGACCUCAGCAAAUGGUUCAGCCGUUGCAGAGUCCAAACCACAUAGCGCCUGUCUCUUCGUCUGCUUCUGCCCAUAUGUCUAACGGUCACGCUCUCGCACCUCUAAGAACGGUUUUGGCAAAUGUCGAUACCCAGAACAGGCUAGAACCCGUAUCACCUUCGUAUCACUCGCCGCCCAAUAACACGUCUGCGCCUCUGUCUGCCACGUCUGAGAUUGCUCCUCACCGCGCCUACCUAGACGCUCACGGGAAGUACAAUACCCAGCCUCAGGUCCAGCCUCAAGCCAGCAUCGGACAGAAGCGGUCCUACUCGAGCACCUUCGACACCAGACACUUGGACGACCGUCUCCAGGGCGGCGCCCGCCCCAACCCGACUGCCCCGCCCUACCGCUACGACGGCGUAAUGGACAACGGCUCGCCCGACAUGGAAGAGCCCAUGGACCGUUCGUCGAUGAGCUACCGCCGCGCAGACGGCAGCCACCGCUCGCGCCGCGUGCCCGAGCUCGGCGUCUAG